GGAAGUGCUUGUGUGUCCCAGGGAGAACAGCAGCAGGAGCUGCUGGAAACUCAGAAGAGCGGGAGGAGGCUGUCCUGCCAUGGGCGGGCAGAUGAGCACCAGGCGCUGCAGGAUGGAGAACUCAGACUGGAUGUCAGCACUGAGCCCUCAGCUGUGGGACGUGCCCCUGCACCACCUGUCCAUCCCAGGCAGCCAUGACACGAUGACCUACUGCUUGAACAAGAAGUCCCCCAUCUCUCAGGCCCAGCCCCAGCUGCUACGGCUGCUCAGCAAAGCUGCCCCAUGCAUCACCCUGCCCGUGGUGCUCAAGUGGUCUAUCACCCAGGGGCUGGACGUCACGGAGCAGCUGGACGCUGGGGUGCGGUACCUGGACCUGCGCAUCGCACACAUGCUCCAGGGCUCAGAGAAGAACCUGCACUUUGUCCACAUGUUGUACACAACUGCGCUGGUGGAGGACACCCUCACGGAAAUCUCGGAGUGGCUGGAGAAACACCCGCAGGAGGUGGUCAUAUUGGCCUGCAGAAACUUUGAGGGGAUGACGGAGGACCUGCAUGAGUACCUGGUCACCUGCAUCAAGAACAUCUUUGGGGACAUGCUGUGCCCCCGAGGGGAGGUGCCGACGCUGCGCCAGCUCUGGUCCCACGGCCAGCAGGUGCUUCUCUCCUACGAGGAUGAGAGGUCUGUGGGCCGACACCUAGAGCUGUGGCCAGGAAUUCCCUACUGGUGGGGUGACAAGGUGAAGACAGAGGCGCUGAUAUGCUACCUGGAGUCCAUGAAGAGCUGCGGCCGCCCAGGUGGGCUGUUUGUGGCGGGCAUCAACCUGACAGAGAACCUACCCUACAUCCUGGCACACCCAUCCGGGUCCCUGAAGAAGAUGACGCUGCCCAGCCUGCCGCGCCUCGGGACCUGGGUUCGGGAGCAGUGCCCAGGACCUGGCCCGCGCUGCACCAACAUCAUCGCGGGUGACUUCAUCGGGGCAGACGGCUUUGUCAGUGAUGUCAUCAGGCUCAACGAGAAGCUACUGUGGUGCUGACCUGGCCCUUCUGCGUCUUGAGUGCAGGACUCUUGGGUCAUCCUCAGUCCUACCGGGUUCUGCUGUCACUGGGCAGAAUACAGGCAAUGGCAGGGCCA